GCCAGUAGAGCGAAUGCGCACAACCAGCCAACCUUUCCCGCGCCUCUCUCGCGCUGAUGCUCGAGACAACUUGUCAGUCGGUCUCAUCUCGGAGGAACCGAGCAGUUCGAAGAACGAAGAAAAGAAACCCCUUGUUUGCGUUCAUAUGAGGAACGACUCACCGAGGGAAUGAUGAUGAUCACGAAUACUUCCCCGGACAGUAGGACUUAAAACCUGCCGUCCACUACUCCUCCUUUCCCUAAUUGUACUUCCACCUUUUAAAGACACGGACCUAGCGAUAUUUUUGUAUCACCUCCCAGUAGCCUGUCUCUCCCGUGGAUAUUUUUAACCCCUUACAGUGUGCUUAUAGUGUCUUGACAAGAUGUGGAAAACCGGUCUCCUUGUCUUAUUUUGGGGACUAUUGUCGUCCGGUGAACUCCAGCAGCAAACAACGGAGCCGGAGCACCAAAAUCGUUCACCUUCGGGAAAGUUGGAUUUUGGCAAUGUGCCUCAAGGAGUUUACGAAACCGUUCCAUAUUACGAGCCUGGAAUGAUAGGGAUAUUAUUCCACAUGGUGCACGCUUUUCUACACGUCGUGCAGCCCAAUCCGUUCCCUGAAGAUCUAGUUGUUGAAGUCGCUAAAGAUAAAUUCGGGGCCAUUCAGUCAGAGUAUCAGAAGCCAGAGAACAUUGUGCUGACACUCAAGGCCAUCUACUAUGAGAUCGGGUUCGUGGUGUGCGCCGUGCUGGGCCUGCUUUUUGCUGUCCUGAUGCCCGCGGUCGGCCUCUUCUUCUGUCUGUGCCGUUGUUGCAACAACUGCGGCGGUGAGAUGCACCAGCGGCAGCGGAAGAAUGCCGACUGCCAACGGGGCCUGCUCACCACGUUGCUGUUCACCACCUCGCUCAUCAUCACGGCUGGUGUACUGUGUUCAUAUGCGGCUAACCAGAACCUGAGCUCUCAGUUCAAAAGCGUGAGGAGAUUGAUCAGUAGCAACCUAAGGGACCUGCAUACAUUUUCAAAUGAAACACCAAUGCAAAUUGAUUACCUAAUAGUCCAAUACGCCACUGCCAAGAAUAAAGUAAUUUCUGACCUAGAUAAUGUGGGUCCUUUGCUGGGAGGAAAGAUUCACCACGAGUUGGGCAAAGAGGUGCGUCCUGCACUGGAUGGGGCACUCAAUAUGGCCGGAGUCAAAGUGCAGAGGGCCAUUAAAGCCAUGCGGGAGACCAAGGAGGCCCUGGAGAACGCAAGUGUCUCCUUGGAGGUUCUUCAGGAGGCAACAGGAAAGCUCCACUUUAACCUGAGCCUGGUGCGCUCCGGCCUAAACCGAUCGCUCAAUGACCCUGGCUGCAGUGACGAGGAGUCGGACGCCACCAGUGCUCAGCUGUGCCGUUCCAUUCGCAGCUCACUGGCGCAGCUCCAUGUCAGCGGCAACUUUACCCGGUUACCCAACGUUUACAAUCAGCUGGAAAGUGUAAACCAAGUUCUCAAAACAGACCUCCGCAAUAUCGUCCAAAGGGGCUAUGCCUCCUUCAAUGACACUCCAGGAAUGGUAAAUGAUCAGAUGAGGAAUGUAAUCGACGGAGCCCGGAGCAUGUUGGACACCAUCGGCACCAACAUCAGCAGCUUCACCAAGGUCUUCCCCGUGCACAGCUCUCUGACCAACUUCACCAACUUCAUCAGUCACACACAGUCCAAGAUAGAGGACUUGUACCCUGAGAUCGACGAAAUGGACUUCUACAGGUGGGUGAGCUGUAUCGGCCUGUGCAGCAUGGUGGUCCUCAUCCUGGCCUUCAACUUCCUGGCCAUACUGUGUGGCAACCUGGGAUACGACAAGCAUGCCUCCCCCACCACGCGUGGCUGCGUCUCCAAUACAGGGGGCACUCUGCUCAUGGCUGGUGUGGGAUUCAGCUUCCUAUUCUCCUGGAUACUGAUGGGAGUGGUGACUGCCAUGUUCCUUGUUGGGGGCAACAUGGAGAAGCUGGUCUGCGAGCCUUUUCACACUAAGCAGCUAUUCAAGGUUUUAGAUACUCCUCACCUGGUGAACCCUGAUUGGAGGAACUUCAUCCCGGGGUACCUGUAUAACGACUCAGACCUGGAUCUGACAGUGGAGAGUUUUUACAGUAAUUGCAAAGACAACCAAGGUAUCUACUCAGCGAUGCGCCUGGACAAACUCCUUAAUGUAUCAGCCUUCCUAAACUCCAGCCUGCACACCAAAGAGGUGGGAAAGAUGUUUGAAAAUGUGAACAUUGACCUGAGAGGUAUUGUCCUGCUUGAGCCCGAUGGGAAGCAGAACCUCAUGGACUUCUCUGAGACAGGCGUCGCUGAGAUCAACUACGCGGCCUACCUGGAGGAGGUUAACAAAGGAGUGACCCAGGUGGACUUACUGUCCUACGCCAAUGAGCUUGAGGCACAGACAGACCUUAUGCCUAAAGGGCCCCUUCAGACCUCCCUAAAGGGCCAGGCCAACAGUCUUCGCCAGAUUCACAGUCAGCAGGUCAUCCCUAUGGAGCAAGCCAUGAAAUAUGUAAGAGCGAGGAGUACGCUGAACCAGAGCAUCAGAUUACUGGAGAGGACAGCCUCAGACCUGCCGAACAAAGUCACUGAUGUGCUGGCAACCAUCGAAGCAGCCCAGUACCUCAUCUCUGAGAAUGCAACGCAAGUCGUCAACCAGGAAACACAAAAGUACAAGCAAACCAUUGUUGGCUACUUCAGGCAGUACAUAGAGUGGGUCAGGUCCUCUCUGGCGAUGGAGGUAGCAGCUUGCAAACCCUUCAGCAACAUUGUGGACACGGUGGAGAUAAUAGCCUGCAGCGUAUUGGUCGACUCUUUGAACACAUUCUGGUUUGGCUUAGGGUGCUGUGCCCUAUUCCUCCUCCCAAGCAUCAUUCUGUCAGUAAAACUGGCUAAGUUCUACCGCAGAAUGGACACAGAGGAUGUUUACGAUGACAUUGAGACAAUUCCCAUGAAAACUAUGGAAAUUGGUAGUAAUGGUUAUCAUAAUGAGCGUUUACACGGCAUCCAAAACCCUGUAAUGUCAAGCAUCCCUGCCUAUGACACUCUGACUAGGUUCCCAAGGGCCUCAGCUCCCCCCAGGCAUAUCGACUGGUGAGAGAGGGCCUGACAUUCAGCCUGGCUUCAGACAGCUUGUUUUAGCAAUAGCAUGUCUGCUUCACUGACUGCAAAAAGUCUUCAUGUGCCAUUGAAAACUAGAACUUCAACACUGGAAUGAACCCAUCAAUUUCUUACCCCAUGGACAAGACUCAAAAAACAGUUGUUACCUGCAGAAGAAGCCUGUAACAAAGAGCUGGUGUCUUUUAUGUGUCCACCUGGCCCUCUCUAUUUCCACAACUCUAUUUACUGUCCAUAUCCUUCAGCCCUUUCACAGCCUGUUCUGGAUAUCCACUGUCUUGUGGAGCCCCUUCAGACACUACUAACGGUGCUGUCAUCAACCCUUCCUUUGAUCUUCCCUGUGGAACUAUGAACCUGGCAUACAUCUGAGCCGGCACUGGUCAACUGUCACGCUUCACCACACACGGCUGUCUGUUGUGUCUGUGUUUACAUCAGCCUGGCUACAACAUGGGAGCCCAGGCUGAGUUCAAAUUGAGGACACAAGAACAGUUUCGAUGGCUUUGUACUUUAAUCUUUUGUCAUUACUUUGUGUUUUGUAAACAUUGAUUGAAAAGGUCUUUGAAAGGUAUUGUAGAGCUGCUGCAAGAAAGUUGCCAUUCCUGCUCAUAGUCGAGUUGUAAUAACAUUUUAAUAACUGAUUUGUUGUAUGAUGAGUUGUAUGAUGCAUCACGUGAAACAGCCUAAUUUAGGAAGUGACUUAAUGGUCCUGGAUCAUAGGCCUGUAUGCUUAUGCUUGAAUAAUGUAAGGACAAUAUAGCAUGACUUAUGUAUGUUUGCAACAUUACAAGCCAGAGGCUGUUCCAUGCUGGGUUAAGGCAAACUACUGAUGGUUGCCUUUUAGACCUGUUUUACCAUAGCAUUAGGACUCAUUUCUGCCAUUUUGUAAGAUAGGAAAUUCUGUAUUUCAUAUUAGUGCAUAACACGUAGCAUAGGUGCAGUCUUUUUAGCUUACAUUACAUUCCUUGUACACCAUGGCAAAUACAUAAUUUGGCAUUGACGGGUGUCGUGGAUUGGAAUAUUAGCUAAAGAGACUGAUACUGACACUAAGUAAAAGGUGGAAAAUCACAUGAGAUUGGACAGAAAUGUCAGGCGACUAUAACAUUCCAUAGUUGACUAGUUUAUUAACAGUAAUGCAAAGUAUCAUGUUGAGUAUACUAACGAAGUAUGUUAACCAAGAUAUUAGGGGGGGGGGGGGGGGGCUAUUGUAGUGGUCAAACCUUAAUGUGGAAAACUGCUAUUUGAAGCCAAAUCCUAUUUUUACUGUAGGUCUCAGGUCUCUUACUCUUUAGUUGAAAAAUAACAAAAAAAUACAUUUUAUCCCACAGUAGCUAUUGGUACCUAUGGAACUAUGAAAAGGGUGAAUGUAUUGUAGAAUUAUUUGUAUAUAAGAGAUUUAUUGCUUAAAGUAAAAGAUGACAGUGGUCUGGAAUAUGUUGAACUACUUAAGCGUACACUACUGUAAAUGCCACCCCGAUAAUAUUACCCAUCUGCGCUCCCUGAGGUCUGCAUUGAAAAUUUAGGGGAUAUUAGAUAUUAGAACUGCAGCUACCAUGUACUGUCAAUCAUAUGGCAUGAAGCCAAAAUAAGCUUUUAAAUGAAAACAGACAGAGUUUACUGGUUAACAUAGUGUCUCAUCCUGCCCAUUCAAUCUCAAACAGAAGCUUCACUUCCCAAGAACUAUUAAUUACAGCCUGCAGACUGCUUCCCUUGACAAAAGUAUGCGUAUUCUAUUUUACAGUUCUAAAGGCUUAACCCUUUUAUGCACCAUCUCAAAAGUUACUAGGUGAAAAGUUUAUUGGUUGUUUCAGGGUAAAAUGAAGGGUGGUGCUCGUUGGAUAUGAGUGUCCUUGUGUGAUGAUUAUCUGAAACUGUACAAAUUGUGAAUUAAACCUUCAAUUUAAAUUA